AUGACGCAAGUGCACACGGAUCCCCUGGGCACGGCCGCCUGGAAUGCUGUGACGCACGGCGUCAAGCGCUGGGUGCUCUUCGAGCCCCACGAGACCAAGAAGCGCGUGAAAGGAAAGGAUUUAUUGAAAAGCGGAGAGGAUGAUGAGGCCAUCAUGUACUUCGACUUCAUCCUUCCGCGGAUCAAGCGGGCCUAUCCCGACCUGAAGAUUUACGAGGGCUUGCAGAAGCCCGGGGACGUGAUUUUUGUGCCGGGCGAGUGGUGGCACGGAGUGCUCAACCUGGAGGACACAGUGGCAGUGACGCAGAACUACUGCGGGCCGGACAACUUCGAUCUGGUGUGGACGAAAACCAGAAGAGAGCGAGAGAAGGUGGCCUGGUUGUGGCUUCGGAACAUGAGGAGGUAUUCACCGCUUUACCAGCGAGCCAUGGAGCUGAACAGAAGAGACGGCUUCAAGAUGAGGCAUGAGAGGCCUGCUGGGGAGCGGCUCUCAGAUGCCAGUUCCUCCAGCAGCGAAUCCUCCAGCGACUCCUCCAGCGAUGAAGCUGUGGACUUGGAUCCUGCGGGCUUGCAGGAGGCGGUUCCUGAUGCUUUCACUCAGUUGGGUGCUGCACGCUUUCAGCAUCAGGGGAAACAUGCGAUGGAUCUGGUGACGAGCGCCCGCAACUCGACCAUUCCCGGCGGAAGAGGCAGAGAAUCAGCGCUUUGCAAGCGACGCCGUGUUCAGAAUGAGGAGUCCAAAGACUGA